AUGUGUGUCUUAGAGCGUAUGUGUGUACUCAUGUGUAUGCAUGUGCAUCUAUCUGUAAGAACGACACACGCAGCACCUAUCAAAUUUUGCUUCUUCAUGGGGCACUUGUUUAACAAGGAGACCUGCUGCUUCACCUCUCGUCAGGCUUUGAUGUUGGAAAGCUGCAGCUUAAACACUUCCCACCCUUUAGUGAUGAUUAUUCAUGGAUGGACGGUUGACGGAAUGUAUGAAAAUUGGAUCUGGAAGAUGGCGGCUGCACUGAAAGCCAGACUGAAGGACAUUAAUGUGAUUGUUGUUGAUUGGUUGACACUAGCACAUCAACAUUAUCCAGUAGCAGUAAAGAACACACGGAUUGUUGGUCGUGAGAUUGCAGAUUUAUUGGACUGGUUGGAGGAAUUCUUUGGCUUUCCAAAAGGAAAGGUGCAUCUGAUUGGAUACAGUCUUGGAGCUCAUGUUUCGGGAUUUGCUGGAAAUUAUGUCACUGGGCCAAACAAAAUUGGAAGAAUAACAGGUCUCGACCCGGCUGGACCACUGUUUGAAGGCAUGUCAUCAACAGAUCGACUGUCUCCUGAUGAUGCAAAUUUUGUUGAUGCACUUCACACAUUUACAAAAGAUCAUAUGGGAUUGAGUGUGGGAAUCAAACAGCCUGUAGCCCAUUACGAUUUCUAUCCAAAUGGUGGCACCUUUCAACCAGGCUGCCACCUCAAACAUGUUUACAACCACAUCGCUCAACAUGGAAUUCAAGGUAUUACACAAACUGUGAAGUGUGCACAUGAGCGAUCCGUGCACUUAUUCAUUGAUUCUUUGCUAAAUGAAGACAAACAAAUUGUUGCAUAUCAAUGCAAUGACUUGAGCACGUUUGACAAAGGAGUCUGUUUAAGCUGCAGGAAGAAUCGAUGCAACACAUUAGGUUAUAAUAUGAAAAGGAUCCAUACACAUAGAAGCAAGAAAAUGUAUUUGAAAACUCGUGCGAACAUGCCGUACAAAGUUUAUCAUUACCAAUUCAAGAUUCGCUUCAUCAAACACGCAGAGCACAAUAAACAAGAACCUUCUCUCAAAGUUUCCUUGGUUGGAACAGAAGAUGAAGUUGAAAACAUACCAAUCAACUUAGUUGAAAGCAUCACUACCAACAAAACAUAUUCUUUUUUGAUUCAUACUGAUGUUAACAUUGGAGAUUUGAUCAUGUUGAAAUUCAAGUGGGAAACUUCUGUGCCUUGGAUAAAUCUUUGGGAAACUGUUCAAGCAUAUUUUCCAUGGAGUCAGAAUUAUCUGAAUUCAGAGCUCGUAAUAAAAAAAGUAUAUGUCAAAGCUGGAGAAACACAGCAUAAAGUCACCUUCUGUUCUUCAAACUACACCAAUACGCAACUUCAACCAGCCCAAGAGAAAAAAUUUGUUAGAUGUUCAGCUUAUAGAAGCAAUAGACAUCACAGAAGACUGAAGCACAAAAUAUCAAUUUAA